CGUAACAUUGUCAUCCUUUCACAAGUGGCAUGAACUUGCGGCACACACGCGGGGCGCGAAGAACACUGCGAACAAACAGAGUCGCCAGGUUCACAAGCUUAGUCGAGCUAGAGCAGCCAGAAAGUCUCGGUAGCACAUAUUAGGGUAGUUGCUGUUCUCGUCGAGGUGGGGGCACGCCCUGAGUCCUCUGCGUUAGUAGUCGGGCCGCAAUGGCGGGACCAGCAACGCUGGUGGUGCUGCUGGUCUGUAGCUUGGGUAUUCUUGAAUUAAACGGUGUGCAGUCCGCGCCGGUUGUAAAGCUGCACCGCAAUCCACCGCCACGGCGCGCAAACAGCCCGCACAAAGGCCGGCCUCCUGCGGUUCGUGUCACAUCACCGCCCAGCGCUCAGUCGCCAGCGGUGCUGGAGCCCCCCAGCCCUGCGCCGGGACCGCCGCCUGCGUCGCCUCCUCCAAGGCCUCCUCAGGACCCACCUGCAUCGCCGUUUGCACCGCCACCCGACUACGGUCCUACCUACACGCUGCGCGCGCAGACAGCGGCCGUGCGCUUCUUCCAAAACAAUGAUGAUUUCGGCCUUCGCGUGGAUUUAGCGGUGCCCAACCCCGCGGCACCCACAACAAAGGUGUGGGCGCCCUGGUGUGCGACCCAGAAGCAAAUGGAGCAGCGCGUCUUCGUUGGAUCGAUCGUGAGUCUGCUGUGCAAAGCCGCCUUGCCUGAGUCGGGCGGCGGCUUCAUUGCAUCAGACAGCGCCUGGGCCAUCCCAACGGGGCCGGUGCCCACUGGCAUGGGCUACCUCAAUCCUGCCGAGUACAAGGCCUGGGUCUUCAUCCCGGAUGAAAAACUCCCCGGUGCCGAUGUCGCAUACGACAAGACAACGAUCGACUUGUCGCUGUUUAAGGUGAUGACCACGCCGUGUGAGAGCGGUUUGGUCCUGGUUGCAAACUGCGUCUUCCUUGGCCGCCGGUAACGGGCAGGAGAGCGAGGGGGAGCUGGGGAGGGAAGGUGGGAACGGACGUAGUUGGGGAGGGGAGGAGUUGGCGGGGGGAGGAGUGGAGACGACGAGGAGCAUGUGAGGACGCGGCAGCUACCGGACGCCGGGACGGCCUUCAAAAGUGGAACGGGGGCGCCCACGUGUGGGGGCAAUGCGGGGGGAGAGGAGUGCGCACGACAUGCUUUCCACGUGUGGUUCAUGCGGUGCAUGCGGGAGCAGUGGCACUUGCAGCAUGCAAGGCACGCGAGCCGUGAGGUCUGUUGUUACAGAGCAGGGGCGGAGCAGAAGGCGGUGUCUAGGGAUGAGGCGCUGAGGACGUGUACGCUUAAUGGUUGGGUGCGGCCGGCGUGCAGCAGCAGCGGGAGUAGCAGGUCAGGAGUUGCACGCGCAUGCGACGGCUGCCCCGCCGGAGUUGGGGCGUUGACGAUUCAGGGAGCUGCACGGGCGAGUUAGGUGUGGGCACGAGAUGACGAGAGGUGGCAUUAUUCACGCAUCCCUGUGCUGAGUGUGGUGCUGCUGGUGACCUCUGGUGAGCCGGACCUCUGGUCAUCUGGUGGGCUGCUGGACCUUACUGUUGGUUAGUCAGGGCUUGCGGCAGUUGGGACCGCAAGGCUCCAGGUGUCAGACCCGCAGCGGUCCGGCCCGAACCUUGGUGAGGGGCGGUCACGUGUGAUAGGUCGGGCGGCGGGAGAGUGACAGGCCGGUUGCACCUGUCAGCCCGUCCGAGAGGUCUGCGGGGUGCCGGGGGAGUCUAGGCCCCGGCAGUUGCGAGAGUUGGCUCAACCACACGCCACGAGAUUACCCCAUACUACUGAAGGUGCCAGGCAGCGUAGCUGCCAUCGUGUGUGUAACGCACCAGCUAU